UUUUAUUCUUCUACCGCGUUUGCACAUUAAUUGCCAUAUUGUCAGAGGGUCAAUGAAUGGAAUCUUAAACGCAUCUAUAAAUACACCCAAAAGGAACUGAAACUCACACUGAGUGGCCGUUUUUUUCAAACUAAAAUGCCGAAAAUGGGACUCAGAAACAUCUUCUUCUCCAAAACGACACCGUUGCCACCUCCCUCGAGGACCUUCUCAGACUCAUUAAUGGACGAAAACAUCGAAACCGCUCGUUCCCUAAUCUCCAAAUGGGAUCCAAAUAAUUCCGCUUCCGCUCCUCUUUUCAGGAACACGCGCCAAGAAGCCAAACAGUACCUUGACGCCGUCGUGAGCCUGCAAACCACUAUGCAGUACCUCGUCGCACGGGAUUCCUCCUCCCUCAGCCUCAUCCAAGCCCAAUCCCUAAUGCAACUCGCCAUGAACAGACUCCAGAUGGAGUUCUACCGAAUAUUAACCCAAAACAGGGACAAUUUGGAUCCCGAAUCCGUCGCCUCCACCGACCGCCGGAGCAGCAGCGUCUCCGACGACGACGACGACUUCUCCGAGGACGAUUUCCGCUUCGCCGGAGACUCUGUCUCCACGGUCGCCAUGGCGGACUUGAAAGCCAUUGCGGAGUGCAUGGUCUCCGCUGGCUACAGAAAAGAGUGCGUCAAGGUUUACAUUCUGAUGAGAAAAUCGGUCGUGGAUGAGGCGCUGUAUCAUCUCGGAGUGGAGAGGCUGAGCUUCUCUCAGGUUCAGAAGAUGGACUGGGAGACGCUCCACUCCAAGAUUAAGUGCUGGCUCAACGCUGUCAAAAUCGCCGUCCGCACUCUGUUUCACGCCGAGAAAACGCUCUGCGAUUAUGUUUUCGGUUCGCCGGAGAGGAUGAUCGCCGAGUCAUGUUUCGCCGCGGUUUGCAGAGAAGGCGCCGCGUCGCUCUUCGGAUUUCCGGAGAACGUGGCGAGGUGCAAGAAAACGCCUGAGAAAAUGUUCAGGACGCUGGACAUGUACGAAGCCAUGUCAGAAAACUGGAACCAAAUCGCGUCCAUCUUCUCGUCGGAACCAACCUCCUCCGUCCGGUCUCAGGCCACCGCUUCUCUGGUGAAACUCGGCGAGGCCGUUCGGACGAUGCUGACGGACUUCGAAUCCGCGAUUCAGAAGGAAUCCUCCAGGAUUCCAGUCCCUGGCGGCGGGAUCCACCCGCUCACGCGCUACGUCAUGAACUACAUCGCGUUCCUCGCCGAUUACCGCGACGCGCUGGCGGAUAUCGUCGCCGGUUGGCCGCAAAAUCCACUGCCGGAGUCUUACUACCGCAGUCCUGAUCGCGAGGAGAAGAAUCGGUCGUCGGAGAUAGCGGAACGGAUCGCGUGGCUGAUUCUGGUGGUCCUCUGCAAGCUCGACGGCAAAGCGGAGCUCUACAAGGACGUUGCGCUCUCUUACCUGUUCCUGGCGAAUAACAUGCAAUACGUCGUCGUAAAGGUCCGCAAAUCGAACCUAGGGUUCAUCCUCGGGGAAGAGUGGUUGACGAAGCACGAAGCGAAGGUGAAAGAGUACGUUUCCAAGUACGAGCGCGUGGGAUGGAGCAAGGCUUUCCCGUUGCUGCCGGAAAAUCCAACGCCGGAGGAAGCCAGAGGAAUCUUCGAGAGUUUCAACGCGGCGUUCCAUGAAGCGUGUAGGGUACAAUCCACGUGGGUCGUACCCGACCCGAAUCUGCGAGAGGAAAUAAAAGCGUCGAUAGGUUUGAAGCUGGUGGCACGUUACAAGGAGAUGUGCGGGAAGUAUCGGGUCGGGUCGGAAACGGUAUCGGGGUUUUGGAGCGAAGAUAUGGAGCAUUACCUUGGCGAGAUUUUGUGUGGGAGUGGAGAAUCGCGUAGCGUUUCGUGGCGUGGUCCUUCUCCUCCUCCAAUCGUAGCAAAAUGACUUGAAAAACAUGAUGGGCCCACCGGUUGUUUCUUUAUUGGGUUUUUGGUUAACGGUAAAGACAAGAAAGUGGCCCAGAUGAGGACACGAUACGAUACUGUAUAGGAUUUUGUGUACACUGUACAGAGACACCGUGCGUAUGGUACCUGGGAUCCUAGAUAUGUCUGCACUAUUGCAGAAUGUUGUUAUUUUUUUUAUUCUAAAUUCCGAACCUGCCAUUGAUUACAUAGAGUAUAUCACAUAAUUUAAAACUCUCACUUAUAUAUUUUAAUAAUGUUGUAAAAUAAAGCGGUGUAAAGAAAUGAAAAAUAUGAUAUACAAUUACAGUGCAUUA